GCGUCGCGGGGCGGGGCGGACGAGCCGUGUCUGUCAGGGUUUCAGCUCUACGCCCCCGACCGCCGCCCCCUCCCUUGUGGUCAGGUCGUCUCCUCCUCUCGCUUGCUCUGAGAGGGGACAGGUGACGGCCGAGGCUCCGGGUGGCCGUUCAGCCUCCGGGCAUCUCUCCUCUGCCGACUCUCUGAGCCAGCUGCUGUCCUCGAGCGGGUCCCGGCCGGGGGAAGAUGGCGGCCGCGCCCCGCGGCAUCUGGGAGCUGCGGCGCCUGGGCUGUGGGUUGGGACCCCUCGCCAGGUUGUUCAUCCUUGCGCAGGCGCUGCGCCUGCUGCCCGCUGCCCGGGCCGGCCUGUGCCCGGCGCCCUGUGCCUGCCGUCUUCCUCUGCUGGACUGCAGUCGCAGGAAGCUGCCCGCGCCCAGCUGGAGGGCACUGUCGGGCCCGCUGCCCCCCGACGUCUCUAGCCUGGAUUUGAGCCAUAAUCGGUUGUUUAACUGGAACAUCAGCUUGGAAUCACAAACGUUAAAAGAAGUGAAAAUGAAUUACAAUGAGCUAACAGAGAUACCAUAUUUUGGAGAACCAACACCUAAUAUUACUCUACUUUCAUUGGUGCAUAAUUUAAUCCCAGAAAUAAAUGCAGAAGCAUUCCAGCUUUACUCUGCUCUUGAGAGUUUAGACCUCAGUUCCAAUAUAAUAUCAGAAAUCAAGACAUCUUCAUUUCCUCGAAUGUCACUGAAAUACCUGAAUUUGAGUAAUAAUAGGAUAACCACCUUGGAGGCUGGCUGCUUUGACAACUUAUCAGGUUCUUUAUUGGUGGUAAAGUUGAACCGGAACCGAAUUAGCAUGAUUCCACCUAAAGUCUUCAAGCUGCCUCAUCUCCAGUUCUUGGAACUGAAAAGAAACAGGAUUAAAAUUGUGGAAGGCCUUACCUUCCAAGGGCUUGAUUCCUUACGCUCAUUGAAAAUGCAGCGGAAUGGAAUUAGCAAACUCAAAGAUGGAGCGUUUUUUGGCUUGAACAACAUGGAAGAAUUAGAACUGGAACAUAAUAACCUUACAGGAGUGAACAAGGGGUGGCUAUAUGGCUUGCGAAUGUUACAGCAACUGUAUGUGAGUCAGAAUGCCAUUGAAAAAAUCAGCCCCGAUGCAUGGGAGUUCUGCCAGAGACUGUCUGAACUGGAUUUGUCCUAUAACCAGCUGACCCGCCUUGAUGAAUCUGCCUUUGUGGGUCUGAGUUUACUGGAGAGAUUGAAUUUAGGGGACAAUAGAGUCACUCACAUUGCCGAUGGUGUAUUUAGGUUUCUUUCCAAUCUUCAGACAUUAGAUCUGAGAAACAAUGAAAUUUCAUGGGCCAUAGAAGAUGCUAGUGAAGCCUUUUCUGGACUCAGAAGUCUCACUAAGUUAAUUUUGCAAGGAAACCGGAUUAAGUCAGUUACACAGAAAGCAUUCAUUGGCCUUGAAUCCCUUGAGUAUCUAGAUUUGAACAACAAUGCUAUAAUGUCUAUCCAAGAAAAUGCUUUUUCUCACACUCACUUAAAGGAAAUUGUUCUGAACACAAGCAGUUUGCUCUGCGAUUGUCAUUUGAAGUGGUUACUUCAGUGGCUGGUGGAUAACAACUUUCAUCAUUCUGUGAAUGUAAGCUGUGCACAUCCUGAAUGGUUGGCAAGGCAAAGCAUCUUGAAUGUGGACCUAAAAGAUUUUGUCUGUGAUGAUUUUCUGAAGCCUCAGAUAAGGACACACCCUGAAAACACAAUUGCAUUAAGAGGUGUUAAUGUGACACUGACGUGCACUGCAGUAAGCAGCAGCGAUUCACCCAUGUCCACCGUAUGGCGCAAGGACAGUGAGAUCCUGUAUGACGUGGAUAUUGAGAAUUUUGUUCGUUAUCGGCAGCAGGAUGGAGAAGCUCUAGAAUAUACUAGUGUCUUGCGCCUGUUCAGUGUGAACUUCACAGAUGAAGGGAAAUAUCAGUGCAUUGUUACUAAUCACUUUGGUUCUAAUUAUUCUCAGAAAGCCAAAUUGACUGUAAAUGAGAUGCCGUCUUUUUUGAAAACUCCAAUGGAUCUAACUAUUCGCACUGGUGCCAUGGCAAGAUUAGAAUGUGCUGCAGAGGGGCACCCUACACCUCAGAUUUCCUGGCAGAAGGACGGUGGCACUGAUUUUCCUGCAGCCCGAGAAAGACGCAUGCAUGUCAUGCCAGAGGAUGAUGUCUUCUUCAUUGCAAAUGUGAAGAUAGAAGAUAUGGGAAUCUAUAGCUGCAUGGCACAGAAUAUAGCAGGGGGCCUCUCAGCAAAUGCCUCACUCACAGUGUUAGAGACACCAUCAUUUAUUAGACCUCUAGAGGACAAGACCGUCACCCGAGGUGAGACGGCGGUAUUGCAGUGCAUCGCUGGAGGAAGUCCUGCUCCUCGCCUCAAUUGGACCAAGGAUGAUGGGCCACUUCUAGUAACAGAAAGACACUUCUUUGCUGCAGCCAAUCAGCUUCUUAUCAUUGUAGAUGCUGGGCUAGAAGAUGCUGGAAAAUAUACCUGCCUUAUGUCUAACACUCUUGGGACAGAACGGGGACAUAUUUACUUAAAUGUCAUUUCAUCCCCCAAUUGUGACUCUUCUCAGAGUAGCAUUGGGCAUGAGGAUGAUGGUUGGACCACAGUUGGCAUUGUCAUCAUUGUUGUGGUCUGCUGUGUCGUGGGCACGUCUUUGAUCUGGGUCAUUGUCAUUUACCACAUGAGAAGGAAAAAUGAAGACUACAGUAUCACAAACACAGAGGAGCUUAAUUUGCCUGCAGACAUUCCCAGCUAUUUAUCUUCACAAGGAACAUUGUCUGAGCCACAGGAAGGCUACAGCAACUCUGAGGCAGGCAGUCAUCAGCAACUUAUGCCUCCUGCCAAUGGAUACAUACAUAAAGGCACUGACGGUGGCACUGGUCCCCGGGUGAUCUGUUCAGAUUGUUAUGACAAUGCCAACAUCUACUCGAGGACCAGAGAGUACUGUCCAUACACCUAUGUUGCUGAGGAGGAUGUUUUAGAUCAGGCACUCUCCAGCCUCAUGGUCCAGAUGCCCAAGGAGACAUUUUUGUCACAUCCUCCCCAAGAUGCUGCUAAUCUGGAGAGUCUGAUACCAUCAGUAGAGAGAGAGCCGCCUGCCUUUCCCACCAACCAUGAGAGGAUGACUGAGAACCUUCCCUUCUCACAGAGGAGCAGUGAAAUAUUUCAGCGGCCUCUGUGGAACAUGAACAGAGAACUGGGCCUACUUCCCUUCCCCCAGCAGCCUGUCCUUGAGUCACCACAGCUGGCAGAGAAGGAUCCAAACUGCUCUUCACCUGUAUCUUGCCACAGGUUACAUGACCAUGCUUUUGAUUUUAGUAGGACUCGGAACAUUCAAGAUGGUACUGAGGGCACAUGAAGCCCAUCCAGGAGGAAGUCUGAGCAAAGACUCAAGUUAGUUAAUUUACUACCUCAGAAUUGAGAAGAAAAGUCAGCAUUUGCAUUUCUCUUUGCUUCGAGUUACAUCUGACCACAUCAGCAUAGCCCUGAUGUUUGUUUGGGCUUAUACCUGGCAAAGAGAAGGUAGUGACUGACAGAAGUGCACCACAGAAAUGUGUACCACGUUGAAAGUGCACAGCCCUGGCGGAAAACGAUAUGGGCAGGUGUCCUUCCUGAUCCCCACAGGGAUGUACCCAGGAGUGCACUGCCUGUCACGAAGAGUCACUGCUGCUUAGCCUGCUGGAUUGCUCCAGUCCUCAGAGUGUCCCGAGAAAGCAUCUCUACUUUGUCUUCCAAGCACGGAGCAGAGAUGACCUCUGAGCUUUCAUAAGUAUAGCAAGGACUCUCCAGUGCUGUCCAGCAGAGAAGAGCCACUGAGACUUUGAUAUUCAAGGUCUUCAGCUAGAAUCCAAGUUUCACCAACUGGUAGUACCAGAUCAAAGGCUUUUGCAUUCUUGUGGGUUUGUGUGUUGUGUGUGUGUGUGUUGUGGGUUUGUUUUGUCUCUGUAACUGGGGAUGUCAUUGUAAAUAUAUGUGCAUUUAUAAAUAAUUUUUCUACUUAUUGACCUUGUGUGUUGGAUACAGUGUAAAUAUUUUUGAUAUGCCCAAAUUAUAUAUAAUGUCUGUCUGGUUACUGUAUGGGCAGCAGCUUCUCAAGAUCACAGACUUAACUUAGUGUAUUGAGGUCUACAAACUCUGUUUAAAGUUCUAAAAUUGUGUGUUACCAGAUGUAUGUGUAGAGGCAGGGUUUAGUGAUUGUGUGCUCAUAGACUCAGUCUUGGUAUAAUUAACCGCCUGCUUCAUGCCUGAAGUUCUGUGCAUCUCGUAUUUGCCGUCUCUUUAAGUGCCAGGUGAUCGUCUCGUCUUGCUCUUCCAGAGCCCAGCGGUGUUGCCACAGCCCUGUGAGCACAGAAGAUGACUUAUUUCAGUAAAAUUCUUUGAUGACAAGGAAACCAAAGAUUGUUCCUUUUUCUGUUUACUGUUUUUAAUCUCCUUCACGAAUGUAGCAUAUUAAGAAGGGAAGUGUGCUCUUGGGAGUACAUCACACAGAAGUUCCUGUACUCUGUCGAUUUACUGUGGUUCUUUCUUUAUACAAGUAUUGUUUAAGCCAAACAGCUUUCUGAAUUUUUGAUAGCAAAAAGCUUUAUGUAAACAAAGAAUGUUAACACUAAUGAAAUGUCAUGUGCUUUUGGUCUGUCCUCUGAGUAUAAUGCCAGCUUCCUGCUAGAUGGAGCUCAACUUUAAAGGUGUCUAUUUAUAAGUAACUUAGUAUAUCUAGAGUUCCAAACUCACACUUUCUUAGCUUUUUGUCAGAAAGUUCAGGUGAAUUUCUGACAUUUUUUUCCCAUGCUUUUUUUCAAACCUAAAUUUUCUUCCUCAGACAGCAGCACUGUUUGCUUUUUAAACUUUCUCUUUUUAUUUAAACUGUCAUGUUUUCUUCAUUUCCAUUUUGAACAUUUAAAAUUUGUCAUCUGUUUAGACUGUAUGCCUUCUUCCUUUUAGGCUGUCUUCCAGUUUUUUUUACUGGUAUGACUAGGAUUUAAGAGCCUGCUCUCUUGGCACUGCUCUUGCUGGCUGUGUGUGUGAUUCUUAUUGAUGGAGAGAGACUGUUUAUUAGCUGCUCUAAGCUGCUCUCCAGCUCCCUCCAGGAACCAAAGAGGAUUGUGCCACUUCAGUAAAGAGCUGCCUUUGUGAACUGUUAGCUAGAUCAAGCUGCUCGCUCUAACUUGAGCUGUAUUUAUCUUGCCAAUACAAGACUUAACGGUCUAAGAGAUGCUCAGGGGAGGAAAGAAAUGUUCUGCCUCUAAAGAGUGUCAGGAAACAAAAACUCACAUCUGAACUGAAAAGUCAUCUUUUGUCCUGAAGCUGCUGCUCACAGGAGGCUCAGGAUGGAGGCGUAUAGUAGCUCAUUUAUAGCUGGCCAUCCUACUUCAUCUGUGGUCAGAGUUCUGUGCCCCCAUAGAGCCCAGGGUAGUCAGGGUAGAGAGCAGGCCCUGACCUAGUCCUCUGACAUCACCUCCAAGCUCUACCAAUGGCUGUCUACUAGGGUGUCAGUUUGAUCUCCUGAGAGUUGGUGAAAUGUUAACCUGCCCUUCCAGAUCCCUGGCUGGCUUAAGUAACUGAUUAGGAACCUAAGAUAAGAAGAGCCUUCCUCUGUCCGUAAAAUAACAACAGCAGAUUUUUACCCUAAAGAACUUGGUUACACAUGUUUGACCAAGUGGUCUCUAUCCUCCUAGCCAUAGGACUAGUGUCUGCUUAGUUAACAAAGGAAUCUUCUCUGUGUUCACAGCUAAAAACAUGAAAUUAUGGCAUCAUUUUUUCUGGAAAAACAAAACAAAAAAAAAAAAACCAAACCAAACACAAACCAACCAACCUUACACUUCAGACACAAAUGUCAUUGACAAACAAUUUAAGUAUAUGUAUUAUACAUCUUUACUCUUGAUUGUUACUCUAGCAACCACUGGCUUUGAACUCUCAAUCUCUCUCUCCCAAAUGUGGAGACUAGAUAUGUCUGACUUGAUUAACUUUUAUUCUUGCCUAUGGAGCCAGCUGGAGUGGUAUUGGUAUUACAGUGUUCAGUUUUAUGUUUUAUCAAGUGUGUGAGGAUGGCCCUUUCUCAUGGUUGGAUAUUCACCGACCUUACAGGGGUAAGGAGUAGUAACACGUAGGCGUGGCUGUGCCCCCUCUAACCCCCACCCCUCCACCCCCCACCCCCGGCUGGGAUUCAACCUACAGGUUCCUGAAUGCCGGGUGCAUGUUCUCCCACUCAACUCAGGCCCUGUAUUUGUUCUCAUUAAGUGAGACAUAGUCCAUCUUUGGGCCCUUUUCGCCGCCUUUUGGCAGUCCUAGGAAUUAAACCUAUAGCUUCCUGCAUACCAGGCAGGUGUUCUACCCCUGAGCUGUAGCCUGUGCUGAACUGUUGUUCAGAUUAAUGGGUGGUUUAUAAAAACAAUGGGGACAUGCAUAGUUGACAUCUGUUCAGUUCAUUGACAGAAGUACCAAGUUUCUGAGGUAAGGAUGUAUUCGGAACAUGUGAAAGUGCAAGAAUUACUUAUAGGUUUGUGAGAAGGUGGGAUGUGUGUAGAGGGGAGGCUGGUGUGUGAUGUCCUAGGAAUCAGGCCCAGGCAAAUGCUCUUGGGUAGGUGUGCUGUAAGUUAAGGUUUGGGUCCCUCCCCUCUAGGCUACACAUUGUUUCCUCGAAGUCCUGAUAAUCAAGGUGAAGAGCAGCUUGACUUGUCUGCGCCUGUUGUUGGCUAUGAAGUGAUCUUGUAGCAACUGUAACUGUUUUCAGGUGGCCAAGUGCCCUUGAAGUAUCACCUGGCUACUCUUCAUCCCUGAGUGACUCCCUGCUGCCUUCUGUUCUCCUGCCCAUCAGAGGGUGUCAUGCUGAGCAGCCCUGCUAUAAGGCGCCUCUAAAGAGAAAUACAAGCUGAGUUGUUCCAUGUGGCUGUUUCCUGGUAUCCUUUAUAUUUUCUCACAUAAGAAUGUAUAUUUUAUAGAGCAUGUGUUUGUCCUGUCUACUGUAAUGUCAAUAAAGCUAAGACAUUAUGA